AUGAAACUCACGCAGCAGAAUUUGGUGGUGCCACAGCAGCAGCCGCAUCUGCCGCAGCAGCCUCAGCAGCCGCAGCAGCAACAACAACAGCCUCAGCAUUGGCCGGAUAGUCCCGACGCGCCUCUGCAGCAGCAGCUGCAGCAGCUACCUGUUCAGCCGCAGCAAAUGAACGGCGGUCAGCUGGGCUUCCCUUUGCAGGGACAAGCGAGAGAUCUAGCACAGAUCACGGCAACGCCAUCAUCCGCGGCAGCUGCUGCCGCUGCGGCGGCAGCUGCUGCUGCCGCUCCACCCCUCGCGCCCAGCACUACGCAGCAGCUGCUUGUCCAACAGCAGCAACAGCAACAUCAGCUUCUUGCGCAGCGAGGUCUGCUGCAGCACUUGCAGCAGCAGCAGCUGCAUAAACAGCAGCUCCAGCCGCAGCUGCCUGUGGGCAUGAUGAAGGUGCCGCAGUUGAUGCAGCAGCAGCAGCAUGUGCGACAGCAGCGGCUGCAGCUUCAGCAGCUGCAGCAGAUGCAGCAGCAACAGCUGCAACAUCAACAGUUGCAGCAGCAGCAGCUGCAGCUCCUGCGCACUCCUGAAUCUCCAGGGCUCUACAGUGCCUUCUGUCGUCUACUGCACCAGCUGUCGUUGCACCGGCUGUCGCUACGGGAUGCUCGAGUGAGGGUGCUGUUGGUUGUGCUGCGGUGGCUACAGCAGCAGCACCAUCAUCAAACAGACCCUUCGCGGCUUUUCAAGAGGGACCAACUUGAUCGACUUGUACGACAGACACGUGCCUACAUGCGGCUGUUGCUGCAGCAGCAGCCUUUGAAAGAAGAGGAGCUGCUGCAGCUGGGCAUAUCGCCUGCUCUUGGCUUUAAGCCUAACCGCGAAUUCAUUGCUGCAGUUGCUGCAGCAGCAGAAGGCGCAACGAACUACAAACCCCCGACGCCGAAGGAGCAACAACAGCACCAGCGGCCCAGAAGCCACCAGCUGUUCGUCCAGCUCUACGAGGAGCAGCUGCAACAGCAGCAGCAACGAGCACUAGAUGCGCUUGAGCAGCAGGCGCAAAAGUACGAGGAAUUGGCGCGUUUGAGGCUGGAAAGGGAGGAGCAGCAACAGCAGCAAGAUGAGCAGCAACUAGAGGAGCAGCAGCAGCAGGAGGGACUGCAACACCCAGAAGAAAAGCAUCAGCAACUGCAGCAGGAAGAACGAUCUCAGAUGGAUCUGCAGCUUCAAGCAGGAACUCCAAAAAGCAAUGGGCAGCAGAACGGGCCUCCUCUUGCCGGCACUCCUGUGGGCGAUAUAGAACAGCAGCAGGAGCCAUCCUUGCAGCUGGGAGCUCAUCCUGCCCCUGCAAGACGCGCAGACGACAAUGGUGCGAAGAGAGAGGAUAGCUCUGCAGUUGCUUGUAACCGCAGCAGCAGCAACGGCAGCAUGUGUGCAGAAGAAGUCGAAGCAGCUGGAGCGGAAGCAGGAGCUGCAAUGGGAGAGGGGGCUGCACCGGGGACAUACGCUGCUGCGUCUGGAGAAGCGAGUGACGGUGAAUGUUGUUCGUCUUCUAGUGAGGAGUGGUGGGGAGUUGGGGGGUUGCAGCGUCCAGCAGACGACGGCAGCAGCAACAGCAUGCAAGAGAGGGCGCGUCUGAGCCGUUUGCAGCGGCGGUUGCUGCUUCUGGCUCCCUUCCAGAAGCAAAUUCGAGAGCAAGUUCUGCUGCAGCGGCUGACGGAGGCACCAGGGCAGCUGCCUCCUCUGCAGCAGCUGCCUGUGAGGCUAGCGAGGAAGCAUAGGGCCUUGCGGUUGCUGCGUGAGAGGGGAGACAGACUGACGGCGGCGCGUCAGCAGCAGCAGCAGCAACGCCAGCAAGUGCUUCAACAGCUGCUCGACAGCCACAGACGCACGUUCCUGCAGCAGCACCGGGACGUGCUGCGGCAGCUGCGCCGAGUUGCUGCUGCUGUCAAAAGAAAGAAGGCAGCAGCAGCAGAUGGAGCUGAGGGACCCAGCAGCUGCGGCCAUCCACUACACCCCACAGAUUGCGGCUGUCCUGGAGCUGCUGCUGUUGCAGCGCAAAUGAGAAAAGAGAGGCUCGAUGCUCUGAGGAAACACGAUGAAGCGGGUUACUUGAAGCUACUGCAGGAGACGAAGAAUGAGAGGCUGAUGCAGUUGGUGCAACAGACGGAGCGGUACAUGCAGCAGAUCGGCAGCCUCGUUGUGGAACAGCGUGAGAGAGAAGGCAUCAUUGUCCCCUCGACUGAGGAGGAGGCAGACGGCGCUGCGGAGGAGGCUUCUGGCUCGCUUUCUUCUUCCUUUUUGUUUUCCAAAGAGAGAUAUUACCGCAUCACUCACAGCCAACGGGAGCGAGUCACGGAGUUGCCUUCCUGCCUCAAGGGGGGAACCCUGCGCCCUUACCAGAUGGAGGGACUCAACUGGCUUGUCUCACUGCACAACAAUGGGCUCAACGGAAUACUUGCGGACUGCAUGGGGCUGGGGAAGACGGUGCAGACGGUAUCCUUUUUAGCUUAUCUUCACGAGAAGAAGGGAGUUCGAAACCCUCAUUUGAUUUUAGCUCCCCUCUCCACUUUACACGGCAACUGGCGCUUCGAAUUUAAGAAGUGGUGGCCCUCUCUGAGAAUAGUUGUUUACGAAGGCGCAAAGGAGGUGCGGAAAGCACUUAGGAACCGUAUUGUCUCGGGGGUUCGCGUCGACAGCAGCGGGCCGGAGGCGCAGCGAUUCUGGGAGCCUCUAUUUGAUGUUUUGCUGACGACUGACGCCUUUGUGCUGCGCGACAAAAGCUUCCUCAAGAAGAUCCAGUGGGAGUAUCUCAUCGUCGAUGAAGCCCACAGGCUGAAGAACCCCAGCAGCAAAUUGGUGCAGACGCUGAACUCGGGCUUUUCCAUUCGAAGACGCAUUGCAUUGACAGGGACGCCACUGCAGAACGACAUUGUGGAAGUUUGGGCUCUGUUGAACUUUCUGAUGCCUUCGAUAUUCAACGCGAAGCUGAACUUCGAGCAGUGGCUGAACGUCCCGCUGGGCACUUCUUCGCUGAACAGUCUGCAAGCAGGCGCUGCCGAAGAGUCGGCGCACACCUUAACCGUAACGGAGGAAGAAAAGCUCCUCAUCGUCGACAGAUUGCACAAGGCAGGGCAGCCACCACCCUGCAGCACUUCCACUGCUUCCAACAGCUGCGAGCCUAGCUCUCAGCACCGAAGGCUGAGGGCACUAAGGCUUGUUCUUCGCCCUUUCCUGCUACGGCGCGAGAAGGCAGAAGUGGCUGAUGAGUUGCCUUCGAAACAGGAGGAAAUUGUUUGGUGCCCUCUGUCCGGCGUGCAGCGGAUACUUUAUCGCAUUAUCGAAGAGAGUCCUAUGGGCCACAACCGAAUGGUGCAGCUUCGCAAAGUCUGCAAUCAUCCAUUUCUCUUCUGCUUUAGCUCCUUUACCCCUGAUGAGAGUCUGGUACGCUGCUGCGGGAAGUUCGCGAUGCUGGAUGUGCUGCUGCCGGCCUUGAAGGCAGCGCAACAUCGGGUGUUGGUCUUCAGCCAAAUGACGAAACUUCUCGACCUCCUGGAGGCAUAUUUGUCUUUGAGGGGCCAUCAAUAUCUCCGCUUGGAUGGAGGAACUUCGAGCGAAGAGCGGCAGACGCGGCUGGCGCUGUACAAUCAGGAGAACUCCCCCUAUUUCCUUUUCAUUCUCUCCACAAAAGCAGGAGGCCUUGGGGUCAAUCUCCAGUCGGCAGACACCGUCAUAAUCUUCGACUCCGACUGGAAUCCGCAAAACGACGAACAGGCACAGUCCAGGGCGCACCGCAUAGGCCAGAAGCGGGAGGUGCUGACGAUUCGAUUUGUGACUCCGUCUUCCGUCGAAGAACAAAUUUUGCACUCCGCCGAACUGAAGUUGGACAAAGAUGCCCUCGUGAUCAAGAGCGGAAUGUACAACGGCGAACUUCAGGAUAGAGAAACUGAACGACAAGAACAAGUGCGUGAGAUCCUGCGUCGCCGGAAGCAGCUGGAGGCGAACUGGAGUCGCCCUUUUGACUUCACCGUGUUGAAAAACCAGUUGGCUAGAAACCCGAAGGAGGGCCGAGUAUUCGAUGCGUUGCAGCGUAUUAGACAACUGCUGCACCUGCCAGGCCUCAUAUACGGCGAAAUAAUUCCGCCGUGUCUCUUCAAAUGGUCGAAGACAGUAGAGCGCUCGCAGACGCAGCUGGUGGCCAACACUGCACAGGCCGCUCAGACCUGGAAAUGCGGCUACGCGCUCUCAGACUUCUGGUCGUUGCAACGCAAAAAGAAAAUCCCGCAGCUGUUGCCUGUGCCGCUGCAGUUCGUCGGCAGCAGCACUGGAACCACGAGCCUCCACACUGCAGCUGCGCAAAUGCAACCAGCAGCAGCUGCUGCACCACAGGCCGCGACACCGUCGCCACCACCACCAUCAGCAACAUGGCUAGCGACAGAGACGGGGGAAGUGCCACUGCCAUCUGCUGCUUCUGAUGCAGGAGCUGUGCGUUUGGUGGUGCAUGGGGAAAGCGCCAGUUUGCCUUUCUCUCUGCAGGAGCAGCAGAUGCAACAGCAGCAGCAACAACCAACACCAGCACAGCAACAGCAGUCUCAACAGGAGAGAGCGGAACCUGAGGCUCCUUCUGCUGGUAGCUGCUCUACACUUUCAACACCAGGUGCAGCUCCAGCAGUAGGGGCAGGAACGGCAGCAGCGGAGGGCGAGGUGGCGGCUGCAACGCCUGGGCCGAUGCUCGUUGGUUCGCCGGGUGCUGUUUCUGCUACACAGGGCGACGCAUCUGUUGAGGAGUUGGAUCCAGGAGCAGGGAUAAGAGUUUCAAAACAAUUUGCUACUGCUGCUGCAGAUACUUCUAAAGCCCAACAGGUGGCUGAUGGUACACCCGCAGCUUCUUUGCAAGCGGCCGUGGCGCCAGCAGCAGCAGCAGCAACGGAAGCACCCUCGGCAGGAAUAGAAUCAGCAGCAGCAACAGGACUAGGAGCUACGGAUAUGGGAACAGAUGGCGCCUUACAGGCAGCCAAUGUACUCGCAGUGGAUGCGGCUGCAGCAGCGGAUGCAUCAACGGGAACGACAGCAGCAGCAGCCGGUUUGGAUCGUCUUUCUUCUGGCGAAACAACUGUGUUAACGGUCAGUGCUGUUGCUUCGAUUGAGGCUGCGCCUUCUGUCGUCGAUGGUGCUGCUGUAGUAGCGGGAGAAGGACCAGCAACACCGGCAGAACCACCAGCCGCAGCAGCAGGCCCAGUACCAGGAGCAGCGCCAGCGGCAGAAGCAGCGGCAGCCGGUUCAGCAGUAGGAUCCGUUUUGCGGGAUGGCAGCAGCAACGUGUCUGCAACUGGUGCCGCUUCUGGUGCGUCAGGUGCUGCAGCUGCAGCAGCAGCUUGUGGGCGGGUGGUGCCUGGUGGGAGCGAAGGAGGAGGGGAUAUUUGGGGAUGCGGUGAAGCAAGAGCAGCAGACAGCGCAGGUGCUGCUGCUGCUUGUGCAGCAAACCCAUUGCAGUGGCGAAAUCUUUUAAAUCGAGGAAUUUCAGAAGCUCUAACAGAUGCUGUAGGAGACAAGCGAUUUGCAGCUUUUGUUGAACUGCCCAACCCUGCCGUCUACAAGGACUAUUAUGAGCGCGUUGCUAAGCCUGUUUGCCUGCUGCAAAUUCGACGAUUUGCAGACAAAAGCGAAUUCACCUCGCUAAACAAACUGGAGAAGUACUUGACGCGACUCGCUGAAAAUGCGAGGGCCUACAAUGGACAAGAGAGCCCGCUCUUCCUUAGGGCGCUGGAGUGUAUGGGUUUCGUGUUGAUAAGGAGUCGAGUAAACGCCUGCGUCUAUUUCCAUAGCAUGCAUAGCGCAGCGCAGGGCCAACGAAUUCGGCAGUUCUUCGAAACCUUCAGAGGCUGCUGGGACCCUACAGUCAACGCACCCCCACCAGGGGAGGGUGUUGGCUUGGAGGGGGAAGGCUUGGGGGCAGAGUUGAUGGAGGGGGAAGGAGAAGAAGAAGAAGGUUCUGCAGUGUCUUCCAGCAGUGCAGCUUCGAACAGCCGCAGCGCCGCCUCAUCUUCAGUUCCACCUCGAAGCAAAAGGCCGGCGUCUGCUUUCGGCCUCUUUGCGCUCCCCUCUGCUGCUGCUGCUGCGCCGGUCGCUGCUGAGCAUCUGCACAGGCAUCAACAGCUACACCUGCCGCUGCAGCACCAGCAGCAACACAUGAUGCACACAGGAGCGGGGCCCGCCCCCUUCGAUGCCUCCGCUGCCCCCAGGAAAGCCCUUAUGCGCCUCCCGCCAAGGCCACCUGGUGCUGCAGGACCAGCACCAGCAGCACCUCCAGCAGUAGCGGGAGGGGGGCGAGGCGCUGGCAGCAGCAAGAAGCAACCGUACAUGCCGAGCUACUUGGGUUAUAUUCCUGAGGGAAUUGAGCUGCCGCUGCCUCUUACCAAGAGAGGAUCGCAGCAGCAGCAGGAACUGCAGGAGCAACACCAGCUGCUGCUGCAGCCGCAAUCCAAGAGGCAGCGCAGAGCCGCAGCUCGAGAGGCCGAUGCUGCUGCUGCUGCACAUCAGCCGUAUAUUCCGGCAGCUGCCCCUGUAGGCCUCCCCGUGCAAGCCGUGCCGCCGCUUGCACAUUCCGGAGGGUUUCAGGGGAGCGAUGCUGCUGCAUUUGAGCAGCAGCAGCAGCCGUUUGCUGCUGCUGCUACAGUUGAGGGCGUCUCUCAGCGAACACAGCGCCGUGAUAAAAAGGGGAAGUCCUCCAAGCCCAAGAAAAAAACAAGGGAAAGCUCCUCGCACCCCCAAGAGCUGCAGCAGCAGCAUCUGGUACAGCAGCAACAACUGCUGCUGCAGCAGCAGCAGCUCGUGCAGCAUCAUCCAGGCUCCAUGCCUUCUCCCGCUCAUCCGCAGAUGGGGGAAGGAUCAGCACCGCGGCCACACGGGCUGAAGCCGAUUCGAAUCCGCCUUUCUUUCGGCAUGCAGCAGCAGCAGCAGCAGCAGCAUGCAGCACAAAACCAGGAUCAGCUGCCGCUCCAGCAUACGCAGCCGCUCUACGGCUCUGGGAGGCCGCAUGAUCUGCAGCAGCAGCAGCAACAGUUGCAGCAGAAUCCCGUGUACGGGCAGUCAAUGCACUCAUUGGCGCACCCGCCACCCACAGACUCGCACCAGCAGCUGCAGCAGCAACCAGCACCUCCUGCUGCGCCUCCAAAAUUUCGCAUUCGGCUUCCAGUGCAACCCCCACAGUAG